AUGAGGGAGAAGAGGAUUGGCGCCUCCCACCUCCCUCUCUCCUCCCGUGAGGCAGUCCCACUUCAUCUUUUUCUCGUCUUCCUCGCCCUCGGCCUCCGCGUCGUUGUUGUAUCCGCCGCGACCUUCCUCGCGUGGCUGUACCGCGCGUUCCUCCGGCGGGGGAAGGAUCUGGGCCUGCGAUACGGCGCGUGGGCGGUGGUCACCGGCGCCACCAACGGCAUCGGCCGUGCGUUGGCGCUCGAGCUCGCGCGCAGGGGGCUCCACCUUGUCCUCGUCGGCCGAAACCCCGCCAAGCUGUCCCGCGUCAGCAAGGAGGACAAGGAUGUGGCGCCGUCCAAGAGCGUGGUGUUCGACCUCGCAGGCGACGCGAAGGAGCUGUCGCUGGGCGCGGCGAUGGUGGCUGUGAAACCCUCGAUUCAAUCGUACACUAAUCAUACACAAAUCUCGUCCCGAGAUUUAAGUGGGGAAGUAAAGAGCAACACCGGCGCGACGUACCCUUGCACGGCCUACUUCUAUGAGGUGGAGACCCCGGUGUGGGAGGGCGUGGUGCGGGUGAACGUGGAGGCGGCCACGCGGAUCUCGCGCGCCGUCGUGCCAGCGAUGGCGGGCAAGGGGAGGGGCGCCAUCGUCAAUGUCGGGUCCGGGUCGUCCGUGGUGGUGCCGGCAUUCCCGUUCUACGCCGUGUACCACUAG